GCCCAGUGUCAGUCUGAUGAAGAUUGGCAUGCAGGCUUUGUGUGGAGAGUUGGAUAUCGGGCCACAGAGCAGAGAACAACAUUGAAACCUGCUGCGUUGCUGUGGGCAAGCCAACUUCUAGAUGUGAAGCUAUCCCAUGAUGCAACAUGUGUCCCCAGCACCUGCAGUGACAAUGAUGGCCACCCAGAGCGUUCCUCCACCAUCGUACCAGGAGAGCCAACAGAUGACGGGCACCACUCAGCAGAACACCAAGACCCCACAGGUCCAUAUCCCAGCAGCCUCUGCAGCAGGAAAUACCUCUGUCAGUGUGACCCUUGACCCCCAGGCCCAGCUUGAGUCUGACAAGAGGGCUGUUUACAGACAUCCGUUGUUUCCCCUGCUGGCGUUGUUGUUUGAAAAAUGUGAGCAGGCCACACAGGGAUCUGAAUGCAUCACGUCAGCCAGCUUUGAUGUGGACAUUGAAAACUUUGUGCACCAGCAGGAGAGAGAACAUAAACCCUUCUUCAGUGAAGACCCAGAACUGGACAACUUGAUGGUAAAGGCCAUUCAGGUGUUGCGAAUCCACCUAUUAGAACUAGAGAAAGUCAAUGAGCUCUGUAAAGAUUUCUGCAACCGCUACAUCACCUGCCUCAAAACCAAGAUGCACAGUGACAACCUCCUCCGUAAUGACCUCGGAGGACCCUAUUCUCCAUCACACACCAGUCUCAACAUGCAGCAGGAACUAAUUCAGACCUCCUCUCCAUCCAUGACCUCUGUCUCCAGCUCUGUUAACCCUUCAGGGAUUGUGGUGCCCGCCGGGGGUCUGCAACAGGGCAAUGUCGCCAUGACUACCAUCAACUCUCAAGUGGUAUCGGGUGGGACCCUGUACCAGCCAGUUGCCAUGGUGACAUCGCAAGGGCAAGUGUUAACGCAGGCGCUGCCGCCGGGAACCAUCCAGAUCCAAAACUCACAGGUAAACGUGGACCUGUCAUCCCUGUUGGACAGCGAAGACAAGAAGUCCAAGAAUAAGAGGGGGGUCCUGCCCAAACAUGCCACUAACAUCAUGCGCUCCUGGCUCUUUCAGCAUCUCAUGCACCCGUACCCGACAGAAGACGAGAAAAGGCAGAUUGCAGCACAAACAAAUCUAACCCUUUUGCAAGUGAACAACUGGUUUAUCAAUGCUCGUCGGCGUAUCCUCCAGCCCAUGUUGGACGCCAGUAACCCAGACCCUGCUCCUAAAGCGAAGAAGAUGAAGUCCCAGCACCGCCCGACACAGCGCUUCUGGCCUGACUCCAUUGUGGCAGGAGUUCUGCAGACACACAGAUCAGGAAACAACUCAGACAACCCGCUGAGUAUGGACAGCCUCCAGUCGCUGUCCUCAGACUCAGCCACCCUGGCCAUGCAGCAAGCCAUGCUGGGAGCUGACGACUCCAUGGACGGCACUGAAGAAGAGGAUGAAGAGGAAGAGGAGGAGGAAGAGGAGGAAGGGAUGGAGGAGGAAGAAGAGGAGGAGGACGGAGAGGAGGAAAAUGACAGAGGGAGGCAAAUGUCUAGCGGAGGAGGAGGAAGGAGAGAUCUGCGCAUGGAGCACAGAGAGGAACUGGAGUCACAUCUGUUACAGAGUAAAAACCAAGUCACACGAAUCAGGCCUGAUAAACUGUGUAAGAAUGGAACAAAAGAAAGGAGACAAAUAAGCUGCAGCAGCGAAGAGGCUGCAGAAGCCUUCCAACAAGUGCAGGCCUUUAGAGGAACUCUUUGGCGCUACACAUAUUUUCUAAUAGUAUCACCAAAGAAAGCUGGAAGACUUCAGGAGUUCAAAAUGUCCAUCGCCCAGGCGGCGGCCAAGGCCAUGCUAUCUGAUGCCCUGCUGCAGGGAAGCUCCGGGAUAAACCGGAUCAGCCACCUAGAGCUGGAGCUUCCUCUGGACAAGGUCAUCAAGUUUGUGUCUGUCGGCCUUCCGCUGAUGCUGGUGUGUAUGGCCUUCGCCCGCGAGAUCUCCCUGGGGCCUCAGAUCAGCUGUUUCCCUCCCAGCAAUUUCACCAUCAAGCAGGCCAGCUAUGUAGACACAUACUGCUGGGACUCUCUCAUGCAUCAUGAGUUUGACAGCGAUGGGAACUUCGAGGAGCGCUCGCUCUGGGUACACAAAAUGUUCCCUUACUCUCUACUGGCCAUGGCAGUGUUGAUGUACCUGCCGGCUCUGAUCUGGCGCCAGCUCGUCAUGCCUUCUCUGGGCUCGGACCUGCUUUUCAUAAUUGAUGAACUGGACAAGUCGUACAACCGCUCGAUCCGACUGGCCCAGAGCAUUCUAGAUAUGCGCCAGAACACUAAGAAUCCCCUCACAUUUCAGGCAGAACUGCAAAGGGCCAAGAAGAAGCGAUACUUUGAGUACCCUCUACUGGAGAGAUACAUGCAGUGCAAACAAAACUCCUAUUUCCUUGUUAGCAUGCUUUUCUUGCGGGGCUUCCUCCUCCUGACCUUCAUGGCAGCUGCUUGUCUCUACCUGGCCUACUUCCACCUCUCUGCCUUCCUGCAGGACGAGUUCAGCUGCUUUGUCCGCACGGGUAUGCUGCGUGAUCAGAACUGGGUCCCUGAAUUGGUUCAGUGUAAAAUGAUUGGCCAGUUGGUUUUUCAGGUGAUAAGCGUGGCCAAUGGUGCCAUCUAUGUCCUGUUGGCUCCUAUCGUCCUCUUCAGUUUGAUUCGGCUCUUUGUUUGGGACACCACAUUCAUCUCCGUCUACGAGGUCCUCCCAGCCCUUGACCUCAUCAACCGCCGUAGACUAGGCUGCCCACUGAAUGACCUAAACGUCCUCCUGCUCUUCUUGCGUGCCAACGUAGCUCAUCUGAUGUCUUAUGGGAAAGUGAGAGCGCUGUGCUCACUUGCGCCACCACAGGUGGGCAACAGCACCGCGGGACAGGGUCUGAGCACAAUGCUGACCCAAGAGGAGAUAGAAGAGCGAGAAGAGGCUGCGAUGGAGCUGGCAGAGGAGGUGGAGGAGGCCAAGGAGGAGGGGAAACUCAACUUAGUGGAUAUCAUGACUAUUCUGGGAGCGGCACAGGGAAGAGUGGUAAACUGCAGCGAGAAGAGGCCUCUGGUGGAGGAGAAUAUGAGUCUCGAGCCUAACCACCAGGGGUACCAUGAGUUGAAGGAGACUGCACCAUUUAGUCAUUACUAGGCCUCCUAUGGACUGAAUCAAUGUGAUAACAAUGGG